AUGAUGAGUAGCGGUCCUAAUAUCGUUUACGAAUGGCUCAAAACCCUUCAGCUGUGUCAGUAUGUUGAGGCUUUCGUGGACAACGGGUACGACGACCUGGAAGUUUGCAAACAAAUCGGAGACCCAGACCUGGACGCUAUCGGUGUCUACAUUCCGCAUCACCGGCAAAGAAUCCACGACGCCGUACAGAGGCUAAAAGAUGAGGAUCAGGAGACUGCUACCGGGCUCUACUUCACUUUGGAACCCAUGCCUCCGACACCCACCGUCUACUCCAGUCGUAUAGCGGAGCAAUAUGAGACAAGGCUCCGAGGUUCCAAGUCAUGGACAGAGCAGAGCAGUGACCGCACCGGGCGCAGCAUGGGCUACAUGGGAGCGCAUCGGAACUUGACUCUGGGAAAUCGAAAAGAGCUGUUGAUCUACCCGAAGCUGAAGCUGAAAAUCAUGAUUAGGGAUAAACUCAUCAGAGACGGAAUUAACCUCGCCAGACCGCCCUACUCUAACAAGGAUGGCUCUUUGGGUAAUAUAGAUGACUUGGCUCAGGAGUAUUCUGAGUAUUAUAACACUUGCCUCAGUGACGUGAGUGAGCGUAUGGAGGAGCUUCGAAAGCGCAGAGUCUCACAGGAACUGGACAUGGAGAAGACAGAAUCUGGCUCCACCUCCCUGCAGCUUCGUUCAGAGGUCCAGGAGUCACUGGGCUUUAGCAGUCAGGUGUCCACACCGGAGACAGAGAGGAAGAUUCCUCUACACAAGUCCAGCUCUGAGGACGGCUCUGGAGGGAAAUGGGACAACAAAAAGAAAAAUAAGUCUUUCUGGAAUUUCCGCAAGUCGCAGAAAGGGCUCGUACGGCAAACGUCGAAAGGUGAGGACCUGGGUUUUGUGGCCAGUGAAAUCACGAUGAGUGAUGAGGAGAGGAUCCAGCUGAUGAACAUGGUGAAGGAGAAGAUGAUUACAGUGGAGGAAGCUUUGGCUCGGCUGAAGGAAUAUGAACGAAGCAGACAGUUGAGCCCAAGUUCAGACACACCUGAUUGGACUGAUGGAGCCAGUAACACUGUAACCCUCACAUCCACCUGCAACUCUCGAGAGCAGUCAGACGAUGAGCAGGAGGACUCUGGAAAGUUCAAGCGGCUCCAUAAACUGGUGAAUUCCACACGCCGCGUCCGCAAAAAACUCAUCAAAGUGGAUGACAGUAAAAGACACGGCUCUGAAGAUUCUCUGAGUCUUGAGCCGUCUCCCUUGUGUGAGGACUCGCGUGCGCUGUACGCAGGAGUCCACAAAAAGCCGCAGCUGCGUGGCGACUCCUCCCUCUCCUCCCUGACGCAGGAGCAGCUGUCUCUGGACGGGGACACGGACAGCCUCACCACCUCCCCUUCCUCCAGCAGCCUGGAGGCUUGGAGCUCCGCGCACAAGCUGGUGAAAACUCCCGGCGCCCACCCCCACGGCCUCAUCCGACCCACCCGCAAGGGCAGCACCGGGUCGGGCGGACUGGGGCUUGUCCCGGGGGGCAGCGGAUCCUCCUUCUCGGAGCUGGAGGGUUUAGGGGAGGACGACCUGAGGGUCUCUCGUUCCGUCACGGACGGGGAGAUGCGGAAGGCUCUGUCGUCCCUCUCCCACGGGGUAAGUACCGACGGCGUCUAUGGUUUCUAUGGUCUCACUAAGCCCCGCCCACAGCAGCAUCACCACCACCACCUCCUCGUGUCCCUCGACGACAUCUCCGGCGCUAAGCGGCCGCCCGUGUCCACGUGGCAACGCAGCAAACCCGAUCCCAACUACGCCUAUUCCACCAAACACCUUCUUUAUCAGCGCUCCAGGACCGCCCCCAAACACAUAACCACGCCCACUCCGCCCGCCUCCCCGCCCACUCACUGUGAUGCGGAGAAAGGGAGGGAAAAGGGGAGGGGCUUUGGAAGCGGGGGCACUGUGGGUUGGCUCUUCCCUCCCAAGCGUCUGCGCGGUCGGACGGCGGUUAGCGAGCUCAACAUUACCUACGUGGUGGAACGGAGCCUUUACGGUCACCUUAACUGGACGCAGCUAGUUCGGCCAAUCACGCUGAGUAAAGCCGACAGACGCUGCCUCCUGGAGGACGACCGCCACGCCGCCGACAGGAAAUGGGCGUCCAGCAUGGACCGCUGCACCAAGCGCGUGCUCUUACGCAUUCAGCAGAAGUCUAGGACAUGUAGCUUCGGAGGUUUCGACCUGUCCAACAGAUCACUACAUGUGGUCAACGCCGCCCCAGAGUGUGGAAAUAAAGAACAGGAGGCUCUGUAUAGAGAGGCUGUGAAGUCUCCCACCACACCCCGUAUCUCUCUGGGGAAGAAAGUCAAGUCUGUUAAAGAGACGAUGAGAAAACGCAUCUCUAAAAAAUACAGUGGCUCCCUGUCAGAACAGUCAAGUCCAGACGGGACUCCCAGCUCCCCUCAGUCGCCCCAGCCUGACACAGACACUCUGGAAAAGCCCAAACUCAAGGCUGGAGGAUCAGUGGAGAGUCUUCGCAGCUCCCUCAGUGGCCAGAGCUCCAUGAGCGGCCAGACGGUCAGCACGACGGAUUCUUCGGCCAGUAACAGGGAGAGCGUGAAGUCUGAGGAUGGAGAUGAUGAGGAGCCGCCUUACAGGGGCCCGUUCUGUGGCCGCGCAAGAGUCCACACUGACUUCACCCCCAGUCCCUACGACACUGACUCUCUUAAACUAAAGAGAGGAGAUGUGAUCGAUAUUAUCAGUAAACCACCUAUGGGGACGUGGAUGGGCCUGCUGAACAAUAAAGUUGGCACAUUCAAAUUCAUCUACGUGGACGUGCUGACUGAGGAAGAGGAGAAGCCCAAACGCUCUGUGAGGAGGAGGAGGAAGGGCAGGCCUCCCAAACCCAGCUCUGUAGAGGAGCUACUGGAGAGAAUCAACUUAAAGGAGCACAUGCCCACGUUCCUCUUUAACGGCUAUGAAGAUUUAGACACGUUUAAACUGCUUGAAGAGGAGGAUUUGGACGAACUUAACAUUAGAGACCCCCAGCACAGAGCUGUCCUGCUAACUGCUGUAGAGUUACUGCAGGAGUAUGACAGCAGCAGUGAUCCAGAGCGUAGCGCCCUCUCUGGUUCUCAGGAGAAACUGCUUUGUGAGGGGCGGGGCAUAGCUGGCGACUCCCCUCGGGACUCCGGUUGCUACGAGAGCAACGAAAACCUGGAAAACGGUAAGAGUCGUAAGGUCUCUCGUUCGAGUCACGGUUCGUCUGGCUUUGACUCGGGGCGACAGCAGUCUCCGGAUUACCCCACCCUCCCUAUGACUCGUUCCACGGAGGCGCUGCAGCAGCAGGUUAAGAAAGAACGCAAAUUCCCCAAGCACUUCCUGCCGCGGCCAAUCAAGGGCCUGAGCCUCCGCGGUCUGGGCCUGAAGAUCGGACCGCGCCUCGGAGCCCGCGUGCCCUCCAGUCGCAGCUGCGAGGAGCUGGACGGUCCUCAGCAGACUCCCGAGAGCUGGAAGCGUUCGCAUUCCCUCGGGGACCUACACUGGGAGCACGCGUUCGAUCAGAACAAGGAGGGCCAGGACCAGAGAUGGCGUAACAGCAUAGAGGUCCAGACCGCUAAAGGGGGAUUACAAGUCCAGAGUGGCCCCCACACUGAAGCGCGGAGUGAGGCGGGAGUCGUUAGCAGGCCAGUGGAAAAGCCCCCGGUGCCAACACAGCUGCCAAUCAAACCCCUUUGCCCCACCUCACCUCCCCCACCAAUCCCUGAGAGAGGGGCACUCUCAGCCCCUACCAGCCCUGCAGGGCUUCCUGCAAGGACUCACCCCAAAAAGCCCCCUGUUCCCCCACCUGUGCCAGUCAAAAAAUCCAAGGAGCGCCUGCUGAAUGGGUUACAUCACCCUCCUCUCCUCCUUUCCGGCUCAACCCCAAACACUCCGACCCUGCCCCCAAAACCCAUGUGUAGCCCGACAAGCCCUCGCGAAGCCACCCCGCCAACCCCCGCGUCUCCGGACGAGGCACCGGCUCUGCCCCCGCCCUGGCUGUCCGACCUGCCUGAGACAGCGUGCCCGCAGAUCCACGGCGCCAAGGUGGCCCUCGGACGAAAGAUCUCCCACGCCAAAAUGGCUGACCUGGAGAUGCUCCUGGAAGAGAAGAUGGGGUUAGAGGGCAUUGACCUCACGGAAGAACCCUACUCUGACAAGCAUGGCCGAUGUGGCAUCCCUCGGCUCUUGGUCCAGAGGUAUGCGGAGGAUUUGGAGCAGCCGGCGAAGGACGUGGCCUCCACGCUGGACCAGAUCCGAGUCAAACAGCUCCGUAAGGAGCAUCGCAUGGCCAUUCCCUCAGGUGGCCUGACCGAGAUGUGUCGCAAACCCGUGUCUCCGGUUCACGUGAACUCAGUCUCUGAUUGGCUGGUGUCCAUCGGAAUGCCCAUGUACUCAGGCCUGCUAUUGGCUGCAGGAUAUGACACUCUGGGCAGAGUCUGUGACCUAACAGAGGCGGGAGCGAGGGACGCCGGGGUGCAGGAGGACAGACACAUACGCAGGCUGCUCAGCGAGGCCCGCUGUGUCACAGUCAACAACAACGCGCAGUCGUAACGUCCUUAUGAGCGCUUAUAACAGUCACGCGAGCUGUCGUAACGUUCUAACGAGCAGCCCGCGGCCGCGCUCGUGGA